GAGAGAGAGAGAGAGAGAGAGAGAGACAGAGGGAGAGGGGUUGGGCUGAGGACUCGCUGCAUUCAGUGGGAGCACUGCAGCUUUCUCUCAGAUUCCACCCAUCCUUCUGCAGCCUCUCUCUCUCUCUCUCUUUCCCACACACAUAAACACACUCAGCAGCCAAGCAUCUCAGCAACAUACCCUGCACUCAUUUGCAGCCUCGUGAGCUCCUGUCCUCCAUUUCUAACAAGUGCGUCAGAGGCUGGGUAAGGACCAACAUGCCUGGGGAUACACAAGGCAUGCUGGACACGGAUGCAGAGCUACCAGAUUUGUCCAGGCAAACCUCAAGCUCAACAGCCUCAACUCCAACUGACAGUGCCUCCAGCCCAUCACCGAGCACUCCACCCAAGCUCUCUCCACAAUGCACCUCUCCCUUUGGACCUCGCUUAGUCAUGUCUAAACCAAACACUUCUACUCGACCUCAACCAGAGGGUGCUAGCUUUGAAUCAGAUAAGCGCACUGUAGGCCGGCUAACCGGGCGGUUUGGUAAAGGUGGAUGCAGAAGGGGGCCAGUAAAAAUGGAGAGGAUUAAAGUUCUAACUGGAUCUGAAGUGGAGAGCGACUACCAAGAACCUGAGUCCAUGGAUGCAAGGGUUGUUAUGGGACAAGAAGCAUUACUGAAAAACCUGGAGACACAGACUGGUGUGCCUCAGGAAAAAAAGACAAGCAAAGAAUCAGCCAGUUCAGAACCACCACACUCAGAUACCCUUCUGGUAGGGAGACAGAUGAUGGUAGAGGAAAAAAUUAAACUUGAUACUGGUCAAGAGAUUGAAAAACCAGACCAGAUCAAGACAGCCCCUGAGCAAGAGAAAAGUCUAGAUCAGCUACUUGAAUGCCCAAUUUUAGAAACCAAAUCAGCAGAUACUGGGCUAACCGAAAGCUGCACCUUUUUCCCAGAUGAUGAAGGAGACACAGUGUCACUAUCUCAGGGUGAAGUGCCUUCCUUGUCCUUCUCCGAGCCCUCCUAUCCAGUUGAUCCUCAACGCAUUGGUGUUCUUCCUGGACUUGACCCAGAUCGUUAUUACACAGCCCCGUCCACCCCGAUUAAGAUGGCCUAUUGUUCACAUCUUAAGCAACAAUGGCAACCAGGCAAUCCAAGCACAGGUCCGGGUUCACCAACAGAUGAGUCUGAUCUGUGCUCCCCUCCCACUUCUCCCUCCGGAUCCUACAUUACUGCUGAAGGUGGCAGUUGGACUUCCUCUUAUAAUUCUGGCACUUCUCACUCUUGUUCGCCUAAUCUAACCGCUGAAGCUGAAUUGCAGGAGGUCCCUGCCUGCUAUGUGGGCUCUCUUUCUGAGAUUGGGGAUGAGCUGGGAGAUGAAAGGGAGCACUGCCUCUGUAAACCUGUCAUGCCAGAGCUAGAUGAGAGUGAGGAACAUGUGGAGGAACAGAUAAAAAGAGAGAGUUGCAGGCCUCACUGGGUGACAGAGAAUGUUUCACCACACAGAAGCAGCAGUGGUAGAACCACAACCACAUCAGAACUUGAGGGAGGAGGAUCCGAGGUCACCUUAGUCAAGGCCGAAAUUCCAAGUGCCACUGACAUAUUACAGUCUUUAGAUGACACAGAACAGGGGCUAGAGAUGGACUUCAAUGACUGUAUCUCAGAGCACUUUGCCAGACACAAUGCCCCUCUAAGCCUUGAAGAGGAUUUUCCCUCAGAUUUGGCAUGUUCUUCUCCCUUCAGUCACCAGCAGGCAGCAGCUUCAACCACUUUUGAGACAGGCAGUCUAACCCCUGCCACUUGCUCAUCAGAGAUUUCAGACACUGAUAAUAACAGCCUGUAUAGUGAGAUGGGCUCUUCUGCUCUACUUUUCCAUGGGUGCUCCAGGGAUGAUGGACCUUUAGGAGAGGGGAUGAUUCCUGCAUCUAUGCUACCAGUUCAUGCCAGCUUAAUUUUUCAGGCAGAUUCAAUGGAAAUCACAUUAUUCCCUACAGAAGAUGAACCAGAAAAUGAUGUUGAUGCAUAUGCUGCUGGAGAGGAAGAGGGAGAUGUGGAUGAAUAUGAUGAUGAAGAUGAGGACAUAAAUGAUAACAGUGAUUUGGAGCAGCAUGUUGACGCCCUGAAGAUUGUAGCAAGGGGUGCUAAUGAUCCAAAUGAAGAGGAUACAUCGGCCUCCUUCCUAAAUUCACUUUCUGAGAUCUCAAUAAAUGAUGGUGUAGAUGAGUCAUUUGCUUAUCAGGAUGACACCCAGGAGUCAAUUGAUUCAACGUCUUGCAAUGGAGAUGAAGAUGAUCACCUGUACAGUACAGAGAGACAUGCCGAGCUUGCACAGCAAUUUCCUGCACAAGAAGACCUUGUGCAGUCAAUAAGCCAUGCACGACCAGAAUCCUCUGGAAGUGAGAGUGAAAUGGAGAUUUCCUCUGGAUCUUCUGGGCCAUUGAAUGUAUUAGUUCAAGAACAUAUUUCAGUGUGCACGGCGCAUGCUGAAGACUUAAGCACGACACGUACUGAAAACAUAAGCACACUUAAUUCAAAGGCAGAAUGUGCAAAGAAACUCGAUUCUUCAAGGGAUUCUUUAAUUGAAGAGAAUAAGCAGAUAAUGGAUCUGAAAAAUGAAGAAACAGACAACGCAUUCUGUGUGGAGGCUCAACAAAGUGUCCAUACAAAAAUUCAAAGCUCAGGAAAUCAAGCGAGCUCAGAAGAAAUAGCUAAAGUUUCAGAGACCUACAUUAAACCUAUACUUUGUGUGCUUGGUGCCACAGCAGCAGGCACAGACAAUAAGAUAAAUAUUCAAGAUGACAAAGAUCUAGAUCAGAAAAAUGGAAAUAACUCUGAAUUCAUUAUUACCUCACUCCAGCUUAAUGAGACAGCAACUAAUGAUCUCAACAAGGGAGUCCCUUUGUUGUCCUAUCCUAAAGAUGAUUGUAGCCCCACAAACAUACCAGUUUGUGCCUAUCCCGAACUGUCUGAAGUACCAGAUAACUUAACUCCGGCUGAUAUUUCCCCAACUGAACAGUCUCUUGACCAAGACAACCUGACCGAAAAUCAACCCAGCACAGAGGAUAUAGGAUGCGUUGGCUCUUUAAAUAUGUCCUCUUCUACUUACAGCAUUCUCGCCAUCUCACCAAAGAAGGAGAACUCCCGAAAUAGCAUAACAGAAAAGAGUGUUUCUGUUGAGGAUUGGGUGCCAGAAGAGCCCUUGUCUUUAGACACAUGCUGUAACUUUAGGCCUGAGAAUUUGCUUAUGUGUGAGAUAGCUGGAACGCUGCACAAUAAAGGGCUAUCUGUAGCUCCCAACCUUUCGGCUCAAGAUAACAUCAUGGGUGACCUUGAAGACAACAACAGCUAUUGUGACUUGCCAGAAAAGAUGGAAAAUAAUGAGGCUAGUAUGCUGGAGUCAAAUCUGUCCACUUGGAAAUCCAUUGAGGACCUUUCAGAGGCAGGAGGAGGUGAAGAUGAUGCAAACAACCUCCAGAGUCCAGACAAUAACGCACUUAUACAAUGCCAUCCAGGAAAAAAGCAGGAAACCACAUGGAACAACCAAGAAAAGAGCUGUUCGCCCAGUAUCCCAGGUGUACAAUCAAUGUGUAUACCUUUAAAUAUCCUUUCACCCAAUGAGAAAGAUGAAAAAGACCAAAUCACUGACACAGAGUUUAACAUACCUGGGGAACCUACAUCACAAAUGUUUAUAGACGGAUGUCCUGACAUUUUGCCUAAAGAGGAGCAAGUUCUUGAUUCAGCUCAAGAACACGAUGAAGAACUGAUUGCAGGUUCUACCAACUCUUACAAACAAAAUGAUCUCUGUGGGCCCCACUCAGCAAAUCAAAUAUCAGACAAACCGAGGGACACAAAAAUUCCAGAACCCUCAAAAAAAAUGUGCAUGGAAAAUACACAUUCGGUAGUAUUAGAGAACAAGGAUGUAUUUAAACUCGAAGGGGGCUCAUUUGGCAAAUUUGAACACAGAAGGAAAUCUUCUGACAAGUCUCCGAUACACAAGGAAACAGCUACCUGCUCUAAUAAAGGGGUUACAAGUGGCGUGGCAAAUCUAAAUACCAGACAAUUACAGUCUAACAUUACAAAAGGUGAAAAUCAGCCUAAUUCUGGUAGUCAAGUGGCUCACAAAGAAAUUGAACCAAAGACUGAAAGAAAGGGAUGUACUUCACUCAAAGAAGAGGAGGAUAAGAAAGAUGUGGAAAAAUGUCCUAAAGAGGCAGAAAAUGAAAUUGUCACAGAAAAAAGUUAUGUUUUAGAAGUGAGCAAACAGGUGACUAAAGUCUCACAGAAAUCAAAUAACUCUGAAUCAGAAAAAAUAGAACCGAAUACCACUAUUGUCAGCUCUGGUCCAGAAAACACUGACAACAGCAGAACAGUUGCUGCCCUGGAGAAAAAGGAAGACGUCAAAGACAGUACUCCGGAACCUCAACAACAAAUACACACAACUGAUGCUAGAAGAGAGAAAACCAAUCAUCAAACACCAGUACAAACUAUACUCCACCCUGCAGUCUCCAGCUCCAAUACUCUUAAGACAAACCCUAAUUUGGGAGAAUCACUGAGUUCUACUGACUCAAAUGUUCUUGGUGAUUCAGAUAAAAAAGAAGCACUUAAUCUUGGCCCCUCAGAAGGACUGGAAUCAGACAAAAGCACACAAGAUGCCAGUGAAAACGAGGUCAGGUCUACUUUUGUAGAAGAAAUUUUUAAACUCAGCAGACCUCCGGCUCCUUCCUCAUCCGCAAAUGUGCUGGAUGAGGACCUUCCUGCACCUAUACAAGAGUCCCAGGCUUCAUUUACCAGUUCUCAAAUACACAGUCUCCUCACUCAUACCAAAACAGCACUAAAUGAUGGACAUGCAUCACAGACCCCUCUUCGAGCGAUAAAUGUGGAACAGCCAGAUGUUGAGUCUGAGAAAGAAUCAUCGGUCUCACUUAGAAUACAGGAUACGCAUCAAAAUGUGAAUGAGCAGUCAGGCUUACAAUCAAAAACCUGCAGACAAGAGAAACCAGAAGCAGUAUGUAUGGAACACUGGCCAGAGUCACCUAAACGUACACAAACCCGCCCUACUCGAUGUAUAGGACACAGAGAGUGUAGUCCUGCUCACAGACAAUCAGACUUGAGCAAUGACAGAGAGAUAUUACCAUGUAUCACCUCUGCUUUAAAUAUCCCGGUGCAAGCACGGCAGACUCCACCUGAAAAGCACAUUGAUCACCAGGAUGGGAGUUCAAUCCACUACAGAACAACAGACUCAAAAGAAGAGGAUCUCUCCUUAAAAAAUACAAUGGGCUCAUGUAAUGAAACUGACAGUGAUGGAUCAAUUCCUGAGCUGGAAGAACCAAGCAGAAGCCUCUUAAAAACCUCAGACCCAGAAAUAUCACAUGCUACAAAUGAUGAGUCAGUGAGCAAAACUAAGCAGAGCCGAAGUGAGAAAAAAGCACGAAAGGCUAUGUCUAAGCUUGGCUUAAAACAGAUCCACGGAGUAACACGGAUCACUAUCCGGAAGUCCAAGAAUAUCCUGUUUGUUAUCACACGCCCAGAUGUCUUCAAAAGCCCUGCAUCAGAUAUCUACAUAGUCUUUGGGGAGGCUAAGAUUGAGGACCUGUCACAACAAGUUCACAAGGCUGCUGCGGAGAAAUUUAAGGUUCCCCUUGACCCAUCACCACUGACCCCUGACAUCAUGCCCAGCCUCACAAUAAAAGAGGAGAGCGAGGAAGAAGAGGAGGUGGAUGAGAGUGGACUGGAACAGAGAGAUAUAGAGCUGGUAAUGGCACAAGCUAACGUGGCUCGCGCUAAAGCUGUCCGCGCACUACGUCACAACAAGAACGAUAUUGUCAAUGCUAUUAUGGAGCUAACCAUGUGAUAGAAGAGGUCUUGCCUGCCCCAGCUUUUCUUCCUGGCAUUCCCAUCAACCUUUCCCAGUAAUGCUGCAACAUACCGUCAAUGCCCCUUACCUGCUAAAUAAACUCUAUAAAAACUGA